ACACAGCAGACGCUGAUCCGUUACGGAUAGAUGGACAGUCGAGUUCGUUCAGAAAUGGUCCAUUUGUAGCUUUACCUUGACCCAUGGCAAAGUGGCUAAAAGACUACCUAAAUUUUGGCAGCAGGAAAGGACCUCCGCAGCCACCCAAACCCGACUACACAGAGAGUGAGAUACUUCGAGCUUACCGAGCCCAGAAAGAGCUUGACUUUGAGGACCCAUAUGAACCCUCAAACAAAACACAUAAUGGCUCAGGGACCUCUGAUGGAUUUCCCACUUUUGGAACUGUUCUUCCUAAUGGCAUGGAGGUCAAGAUCGUCUCUCCUAAACACAGACUGAUAAAAGUGGAAUCUCAGGAAUUCAACCGCUGUAAAAUCCCACUGGGCAUUGUUUCAUUCGAGGAGCCCCAUGUCCCUGUGGUUCCGUCUGCUCCAGCUGUGGGGGACACGGAUUAUUCAGACCCAUUUGACGCUCGUCCAGACCCACGGGCCCAGACCGGCUGGGAGCCCCACUCAAUAGAGAACAGUAGCAGCUACAUGGAGCCGUUUGAGGCCCAGAGAGUUAUUACAGAGCUGCAGCACAAUUCAGAUAAGAGCCACUUUGUUACUUUGGGAAACCAUCAGCUCUAUGACAGUCCAUAUGAGGAGCGGGGACACCCUAGAGCUGUUUACCCAGAGGAAGAGAAGGAGAGCAGACUACCCCAGGAUGACGAGAGGCCUGCAGAUGAGUAUGAUCAACCAUGGGAGUGGAAAAAGGAGAACAUCUCCAAAGCUUUAGCUGUCCAGUUUGAUGGUGGUGAUUGGGAUUGCUCCACACUACCCCUCACUGAGCCUCACAGGAGAACUGGGGCAUCCAGAAUCAGCCCCCCUUCAAGCAAGACCACCAGUCUACGCAAGCUCAAUGACCUUCACACCGUCCUGGGGGAGAGGGUGGACCCAAAAUUACCUCUCGAACAACAAGUAUGGUAUCAUGGAGCAUUAACACGUUCUGAAGCUGAAACUCUACUGACACUGUGUAAAGAGUGUAGUUACCUGGUAAGGAACAGUCAGACCAGCAGAAACGACUACUCCCUCUCACUCAGGAGCUGUCAUGGCUUCAUGCAUAUGAAAUUCUCCCAGUCACGUGAUGGGAAAUACAUCCUCGGUGAGAACAGUCCGCCCUUCGACACGAUUCCAGAAGUCAUCCACUACUACACCACGCACAAGCUGCCCAUACGGGGUGCGGAACACCUCUCCCUGCUCUUCCCUGUGGUGGUCCAGACACUAUGAGAACACUUGCACCUACGCACUGGCCUUCACACACACACACACACUCACACAGGCCUGAACUCUUUGCUAAGGCACACACACAAACACAAUUACACACUCAGGGCCUCAUCUUGAUUUUCUUGCAGUUACUCUUUGUAUUUGGACAAAUGAUGAUUUUAUGUGUGUUGCUUUGUAAUAAUGAUAGAUGCUGAUCUUUCAUUGAUUGGUCUGAAAUGGCUUUGGAUUACUUUUUAAAGUAGGGCUGGAAUUGGACACCCUUUAUCUACUGACGGAGUGUUAAUGCUGGUUCUAGACUGGUAAGCUUCCAAUGGUUUGUUGUUACCCAUUAGACAACCACAAACUCCAGAACCAGCACCGUGUUGGUGGAAAAGAGCUUUGAGUGAAGAUACAUAAGAGGGGCUAAUAGCAUCAUAGAUUAUUUUAGCACGUCCACAUGCUUCCGACACCUUUCACACAACACAAGUGGCAUCAUACAGUAUUGUAGCAAGACACCCACAGUGCACUGCUUAAUAUUCCACAAGGUCUUUCUUUUUAUGGUCUUUACAUUACAACACUGCUGACAAUAAUUACCUUUAAUCUACUGACAUGCUUAAUAUAAAUUAUUCUACUGUACCUUCCAAAUGUCUGUUGUUAUUCCACUGCCAUAUUAGUAAUGUAUUUUACUUAAAAAGUUUGUAUUUAUAGGAUAAUUCUGUUAGUGCUUUCCAAUCACAUUGUAUAAGCACCAGUUUGAAAAGAGAUGGUAGACUGGCUUUCUGUGUGUAUGAGAAAUCACAUGUUAUCUUUUCAGGUUUGGAGCUCUCGUUUUAGGUAGUGUCUGAUCCAACACUGUGGAUUAGUAUUAGGAAUCAGAUUGAAAUCUGUAUACAUGCAUGAUUUGUUUCUUGUUCAUCCAUAUCACAAACACUUCCAACAUAAAGUAUGUCACUGGUUUGGACCGGGAAAACAUUUUGAUUGUGUUGCCAUCCCAGCUGUGCCAUUUAACUUAGCAACAUGAGCUUGCAGAGUUAGCUGUAACAUAGCUUAGACCUUUUACAUAUAAUAAAUGUAUUGAUUUGUUCUAGGUUUAUUGAAACUAAAAAUCAUUUUUACAAAAAUGAAGUUAAAUUCAGUAUUGUAUAUCUGUGACUGAGAUUUUUCCUGUUUAAAUCACAUAUCACAGAAUCCCUCACAGCAUUGUUAGACUUGUUACUCACCAGAAGUAUCACGACUCUUACUUUGUGUAGCAUUAGAACUACACUGUAGUUGUUCUUAAUUAUUGACUGACUACUUCUUUAGACUUUAUGUACUUGUUUUCUUUUGAAUAAAGCUCACUUUUUUAAAGUAAA